GGUAUAAUUUUAGUGCGUAUGAAAAUACGCAGCUGGUAGUCACGUGAGCUGGGGUUUUUGUUUCUUCAAAUUCUCUAGGCUAGGUUGCGGCAAAGUAUUCCUUAUGACUAAUUUUUUCGUCAAAAUGGGUUGCUGUUGUGGUAAAAAUGAGGAUGAAGAUCGUCCUUAUGAAGAAGCUGAUGAAAGAACAAGACUGCUGGCUGACCCUGUCAGAAGAACAUCUAAUCCUGUCACAUCCGAGGCUUCCAGCAGCUUGUACAAAGCUGGCUCUCCGCUCCAAAAAAGCGAUGAGCAUCAGGCUCUGUCUGCAAUUCUGGAUGAAACUGUCAGAAAUAUCAUUGAUGUCUCUCAAAUGGACAACACAGUCUCUGACCAGCAUGACCAUCUUGACCGUACUAAAAAGUACACUGAGCGGAUUCAAAAUUCAAUGCAAGCUGUGCCCACUCAACUCCCGUGCCUUGCUUUGAAAGACAUUGCUAACGUGGAAAAAGCUUUGGCUGCUCCUUCACACUUUGUCUCAGACUAUUCUAUGAUGUUGCAGGCCUGCAAUGCGUGUUCCUCUGCCGUAAAAAACAUCUCAGUGCAUCCGAGAGAUGACCUCCUAGUAACGUUUGCUGUCCGGGCAUGAUGAUUCCUGGAAAAAACUUCAACUUGAAAAAAAAUAUUAUAGGUGAUUGCAUUCUUUUUGAUAGGUACUAUUUAACUUUUAUUUCUGCAAUAACUCAUGCAAACGAAGAUUCUAUUUAUCUUGAAUAAUAAGCAUGCCACUACUUAUUGUGAGCUAAAAUUUAAACGUUGAGUAAAGCUGUAAAUCCUGCUGAGGCAGAAGCACCCAAAUUGUCUGAGGUACUUUUGUAUGAUAUGAAUAAAGUCAAUCCUAUCUUUAGUGGCCUAUAAGGCAGGGAAAAAUAAUUUCUGUGGUUGUUUUGUACCUUGUUACUCAUUUCAGGUAUAGUGUUUACAUUGUGUCAUGAUCAAUUGCAAGAAUUGUUGUAUUCAAAUGUUUAAAUUUUCAAUUUUCCUGCAUGAUGUGUCCAAACCAUUUAAGCUUUAAUGUGAUAAAUAGAAAGAAGUUUUGUGUCAAACAAUUAGUACUUAAGGACAAAAAACCCCUCCUAGUUUGCGCUUCCUUUAAAUGAUGGUGAUUGUUUAGUGAACCUACCAUUGCUGCUCGCGUCUCUUCAUCUUUGUUCAUUGGUUGGCUUCAUGGCAGGUGCUUUGUAACUUUCCAGAAUCUCUGCUUUUAGCCGCAGGUGUACGAGUUGAAUUAGUGAAAAGAUUGAAUAUUUUAUUGCUACCACUAAAAUUUGUAAAACUAUUGUCAAAAUUUACAGUUAACUACAUUGUUUACUACCUAUACUGUUUGUAGCAGGUAAAUUUUACCAUCCUAGCAGCCUUCGAAAUUCUUCAUAAAGUUUAAAUUUUCUCAUACAUUAUCCAGUUAUUAAAUUUUUGUAUGCUUCUCUCAUCAUUGUUAUGUGCUUCGUAUUGAAUUUAUAUUUUCUGUGUCUGUCUAACGUUUUUUUAAUGGCCGUUUUCACGUCGCUGUACAUAAAGUUCUAGUGUUGAGGAUCGACGAUGUGUGCGUGGCAGUGUUAUUGGAUCAUAAUAAAUGUUUUGCAGUUUUUACUGAUCACUGUUCAGUUGUAAUAGACCGAAUUCUUGUGAAAGUUGUGAGACAACGCUAGAAAACUGAGUACUCUUCAUCUGAAGAUUGAAAAUAUUUUCAUUCGAUUAUUUUAAGUUCCAUUAAACUGAAGACAAUAAUUUGCGAUAAGAAUGUAUUUUGAAUAAUUUUCAAUCGCAAUGUAAUGAGACGUGUGCCAUGAAGUUGACUGUAUUGUUCAGUUUAUUUUCUAAUAGAAGACUGAUUAUUGUUUGUUAGUCUAUAUAUUCAAAUUAGUGAGUCAUUUUUUUAUAUCUGGCUGGAAUCUCUGAUGCUUACUCCUGUGCAGUUGGGUAUUUUUUAAAUUCGGCUGCAGAACAAGACAUGAUUCUGCCGCUUCAAAGCGCUUUUCUCUAGCUGGGUUGAAGCGCCUUAAAAUAUUCCGAUUUCGAUCUAGAGAUGUUAGAUAGAAUUAUGUGCAAAGAAAGAAACUAACGAUUGAAAUUACUAUUUUCAUUUGAUGGGUUUGUAAGCUUCUAAUCUACGCAGAGCUUUUUUGUAAUUUUUAUUUCAAGAUAUAUUGGCGCUAUCGUCAAUAAUUCGUGUAAGUUUGCAAUUCUGCAUCCAUCCAUUAUUCUCAUUAGAACCUAAAAUCCUAUACUUCAUACGUGAUCGUCGAUACUGACUCCUUCGUCUCAUCUUUUUUUUUUUUUUUGACGAGAUUGAAAUACUGCAGGUUCAAUGUAACUCCAUUCACUUUUAUCAUUUUAAAAGCGAAGGCGAUAGGUAUUGAUUUUAUGUUGGCCAUUUACAUCGGUCGUUGUGGUUCCAUAUCUUGUGCUACAUCCUAUGAGAUGGUAAUGGCUGUGUAAGUUUUAAGUAGGCUGACGAUGUGAGAACUAAGUUGACAAACAAAUAAACUUGUGAAUUGUCAA